UUUUCUCGGCGUCAAAGCUUUGCAGAUGCCGGCCAAGUCCCAGAUCUUGGAAAGGGACCCACUCGCACGCUGCGCCAUGCCAUACUGGCUGCAAGGACAAGGAAGACUGAGGCAAGGGGCGGUUUUUUUAAUCCGCGCUGCCAGCACAAACGAUUUCAGGGUUAGGUCCUUGGAGCAGGUUGGGUCAUGGGUUCCCGACCCUCUGGACAGCUAGGACGACUGUGGAGAAGGACGGCUUUGGCAAGGCUCGCUGCCAGCAGCAACGGCUUCAGUCUAGGCUAGACGCUCAAUGAAAAAGCUCAGCUUGAAACGGAGUAAUGCAAAGAAGAAUCUAUUCUAGCGGGGUCCAGCACUGGACCUUGAACAUGCGCAGCUUCAAUCUUUGUGAGCCCUGUUCUAAAUGUCUUGUAUCAUCUAGCCUGUGUGGGUCCUUGCACUCUUCAAUCUUUGUUGUGAGCCUGAACAAAUAUACCCCGGCAGUCUGUAACAUGUUCUUCUGGCCAACCCAGCCAAAGGUGGAGUCGACUUUGCUUCUGUCACAAGAGGGCGGCAUGAAUAUCCAGCAUGGGCUUUAUUCUCUUCCAAACACACAUGCAUUGCUCCGAGCAGGCUCUAGGGACAUUCACCGCCAAGUGACCAAAAGCUUGCGACAUCAAAGUCUCUUCACCUUGACAGCUGUUGAGAGAUCUGCAUUCUCAGCAAACGGGCAUCGUGUUCUUUGCAGGCUGUCGAACUUGACGAUCCUCAACUUUCUGCUCUGGUAGCCAGGAGCUGCAUCGCAAUUACACUCCAGCAACAGGAGCAAAGUUCAAGGCCCCGUUUGAAAGACAAAAGAGCUUGAUGUUUGGUACACUUUAGAGUCUCCAGCAAGAACCAUCAAUCGCCUUUUUGGCAAAGACAAGAGCUUGACCCUUGGCCUGUAGGAUGUCAAUUCCAGUGCCGCUGCUUGCGCAUGCUGCGCGACAUCUCUGCAAAAGGCCAGCAUGAACAUCCAGCCUCAGCUGCCUUUGCUUUCAAGCGCACAGGGAUUGCUCUGAACGAGCUCUAUGGACAUUCACUGCCAAGUGACACAAAGCCUCCGACAUCAAAGUCUCUUCAGCUCGACCUCGAAAGCUGUUGAGAGAUUUCUCGUGCGUUCUUUGCACACUGCGGAAUUCGUCAAUCACACUACAUAUACUCUCAGCUCCGGUACCCGUGAACUCCAAAGCAUACCUGGAUCUUCACUUAGCACUUUUCUGCUCAUAGCAGUUUUCGCUUGGAGUUACGUUUGUUCUGACUUUUUUAGGCUCACUUGAACUAGAAAACGCGCAUUUGUUUCUUGACGGACGGGCAUUUACGCUUUUGUCCGGGUAUUUACGCUUAUUUCCCGUCAAAAAAAGCUUUUAUUUUGGCUUCAAAAUGCACAAAAUGCAAAAAUGCCAAAACUGGUGCAAUUUCGCUCAUGUGGAGAAACCGCUCAAAAAGCAAAAAUCUCUCAAAUGAGCAUUUAUUUGCGUUUUUUCGAGGAUGCAGGUAUGCACUCUAGCAACAGCGUCAAAGUUCAAAGCCCGGUUUGCGAAAAAAAAACCUUACCCUUGGUCUGUAGGAUGUCAAUUCCAGUGCCGCUGCUUGCGCAUGCUGCGCGACAUCUCUGCAAAAGGCCAGCAUGAACAUCCAGCCUCAGCUGCCUUUGCUUUCAAGCGCACAGGGACUGCUCUGAACGGGCUCUAAGGACAUUCACUGCCAAGUGGCACAAAGCCUGCGACAUCAAAGUCUCUUCAGCUUGACAUUGAAAGCUGUUGAGAGAGUUCUCGUCAAAUGAGCAUUGCGUUCUUUGCACGCUGCGGAAUUCGUCAAUCACACUACAUAUACUCUCAGCUCCGGUACCCUUGAACUCCAAAGCAUGUGCACUCUGGCAACACCGGCAAAGUUCAAAGCCCGGUCUUGAAAAAGCGAAAGCUUGACCCUUGGCCUGUAGGAUGUCAAUUCCAGUGCCGCUGCUUGCGCAUGCUGCGCGACAUCUCUGCAAAAGGCCAGCAUGAACAUCCAGCCUCAGCUGCCUUUGCUUUCAAGCGCACAGGGACUGCUCUGAACGGGCUCUAAGGACAUUCACUGCCAAGUGACACAAAGCCUGCGACAUCAAAGUCUCUUCAGCUUGACAUUGAAAGCUGUUGAGAGAGUUCUCGUCAAAUGAGCAUUGCGUUCUUUGCACACUGCGGAAUUCGUCAAUCACACUACAUAUACUCUCAGCUCCGGUACCCUUGAACUCCAAAGCAUGUGCACUCUGGCAACACCGGCAAAGUUCAAAGCCCGGUCUUGAAAAAGCGAAAGCUUGACCCUUGGCCUGUAGGAUGUCAAUUCCAGUGCCGCUGCUUGCGCAUGCUGCGCGACAUCUCUGCAAAAGGCCAGCAUGAACAUCCAGCCUCAGCUGCCUUUGCUUUCAAGCGCACAGGGACUGCUCUGAACGGGCUCUAAGGACAUUCACUGCCAAGUGGCACAAAGCCUGCGACAUCAAAGUCUCUUCAGCUUGACAUUGAAAGCUGUUGAGAGAGUUCUCGUCAAAUGAGCAUUGCGUUCUUUGCACACUGCGGAAUUCGUCAAUCACACUACAUAUGCUCUCAGCUCCGGUACCCUUGAACUCCAAAGCAUGUGCACUCUGGCAACACCGGCAAAGUUCAAAGCCCGGUCUUGAAAAAGCGAAAGCUUGACCCUUGGCCUGUAGGAUGUCAAUUCCAGUGCCGCUGCUUGCGCAUGCUGCGCGACAUCUCUGCAAAAGGCCAGCAUGAACAUCCAGCCUCAGCUGCCUUUGCUUUCAACUUCAGAUGGAUUGCUGUGAGCGGACUCUACGGCCAUUCACCGCC